AGUAGCGAGUGAGUAGUAGCGUAGAGUAAAGUAUGUAGCGAAGCAAGGAAGGCGUAGAUCCUCUGCAUGCACCUUCCACUCGAUGUAUAGUCAUGAAAGUACAACCGUGCUGUAAAGGUGAACGUGUGAAAUUUGCUGUUUCUGCUUAGACCGCUAGCAGUUGUUCAGUUCAGUUCAGUUCAGUCUUUGGGGCUUAUUAGAAGACGGGAAGGAGAACUGCUGUGGCCUCAGUCGUCGUGUGUGUAUUUUCGGAGUGGGAGGGGUAUUGGUAAAUUUCAGUCUCAGCAGAGCAGCCGAACAGAAAGUAGUCCCUGCAUAGAGCGCAGUAGGUAUGGGCAGAGCAGUCGAGCGAAGCCAGCAAGAAAAGAAAGACGACGUCGACGACGAAGUUAGUCAGUAUAUUUGAGUGAUUUUGGCUAAUGAAUGAGGUUUUUGCAUAUUCGAUAUAGAGUGACAGUGUGAAAAGAAAAGUCUAGAGUUAUUUUUAUGAGGUCGCCGAGGGAAGAAACACCGUGCUACAAUGGACUGGAAUGAGACAGAUUAGUAGUUCCGGAUUCCGUGUGAAUUUCAGUUUGGAUAUCAGUGCUGGUAGGUGUGAUUUUUUUUUUCCGGAAAAUCGUGACUUCUGUCGCUGGAAAUAUUUGACAGGAAUGGUGCCACAUACGAAGAUUAACGAGUGAGUUCCCAUGGGAAUGAAACAGACAUUGGAAAUCGAUCAGACGGAUAAAACGAUUUUGAACUGAGAAAAGCAUUUACUGAAAAAUACAAGUUGUAGGGCAAACACAACUUUUCAAUCAAGAAGUGAAAGAUCCCAAAGUGAUCUAUUAAUGUAGCAGCAAAAAAUAGUGUAAUUGCGAAGAAGACAACUAGGUAAACUGGCUAGUAGGAGGAAGAAAUAGCAAUAGUGAAUAUUUUUCUCGUAAAAACAGAAGCAAAGAAAAGAAAUAGACAUAGGAGCGCCUUGUGUAUGUGUGUAUCUUUAGUAGUGCCAACCAGUCACCAUUAGUCGGAGCGCCACCACCGGAGGCAGGUUUGGGUCCAACCAAAUAGUGCAAGUACUUACCAAUAGCAGGGUGAGAUAGUUGAAUCCGCAAGCAGCCAGCAGUAGUAGUGAGCCGUGAGCAGUAUAGGCGACAUCACAUCUGAGACCUACAAAGUCGGAAAAUUCACGGAAUAUAUUUGCAAGGUGGAAAACUUUAAUCCGCUGAACACUGAAGUCUGCGGCCAUAUAAAGAUACUUGCUUCGUGGUGGUACCGGUGCUACUAAAGCCAAUCGUAGGGGGAGCAGCUAGAAUGAAAACAGUUUGGCGUCGCUUGGUUCUGCCGAGCUGGACACCAUGAAGCACCGGCCACUGCUGGGUAUCGGUGCUGGCAGAGUACGACCGGGACUGAUACAACAACCAUGGACAACCGUUGUCGUUGCUGUUACAGUGAUAGAGUGCAAACGGACCAUUUCUGUUCCGACAGCAACAUCCAUAGUGGCAGAGCAUGCAGAAUUAGUGCCUGGCCAGUUUUGUUCAGCAAACCAGCAGGUCUAUCAUUAGUUGAGCCAGUGCUAGCCGGGUUCGAUUGAAAAGAAAACGUGCAAGUGUGAGGAAAAUACGAGUGAAAAUUAGAAUAAUAUGAAAAUAGUUGAUUCGAAGCCAAAAUAUAGUUUAGUGCAACUGCGAAGAAAGAAAAGAAGAAAGCAUAUCGUUUGGUAGCGUUGCGGGGGUGAGGUAGAGAAUCGUGAGGAGCAGUUGUGAAAAAUAGUUGUUUAUUGUGAAAAAUAGAACCACACAAAUAGCGUACGAGCAGAAAAAAGGUGCAAAGUGUGAGCCAAGAGUUCGGGUAGUAGAGGCGUGUGUGUAUGUGCUUUAGCAGUGCGAGGAAAGCGUUUCGAAAAUUUACGUUGAACUGCGGGAAGCGAAAAUAAACCAUCAAAAUGACCGACCAAAAGGACGUCCUUGCCGGACUAAAUCUGUCCAGUCUGUCGGUGAUCUCAGCGUCCACACGGUUGCGGGAGCUCGAGUCGCUCAUCAUCGACAAUGUCACCUCGAACAACAACCUGAACAGCGCCGGCUUGUCGGCGGAAAAAUUCCUCUCGAUCGAAACCCUGCUCGAUUGCCUGCUGGUGCUGUACGACGAGUGUUGUAAUUCGUCCCUACGGCGGGAGAAAACCGUCUCCGAUUUUAUCGAGUUGAUCAAAUCGGUGGUGCAGUGCAUCAAGCAUUUGCGUCUCUCGCGGGAGGACUUCGAGGUGCUCAAGGUCAUUGGCCGCGGGGCAUUCGGCGAGGUAUGCGUCGUCCGGAUGAAUCACACUAGUCAGAUCUACGCGAUGAAGAUUUUGAACAAAUGGGAAAUGUUAAAGCGUGCUGAAACCGCGUGCUUUCGUGAAGAACGCGAUGUGCUGGUGUUUGGUGAUCGAAGAUGGAUUACCAACUUGCACUAUGCGUUUCAGGAUGAUAUUAACCUGUAUCUGGUAAUGGAUUACUACUGCGGAGGCGAUUUGCUAACGUUGCUGAGUAAAUUCGAGGACCGCCUUCCAGAGGACAUGGCUCGGUUUUACAUUGCCGAAAUGGUUCUGGCCAUCAACAGCAUCCACGAACUGAAGUACGUCCACCGUGAUAUCAAACCGGAUAAUAUCGUCCUGGAUGCAAGCGGUCAUGUACGACUAGCGGACUUUGGGUCCUGUCUGAAGCUGGGUCCUCAGGGUACGGUGCAAUCAAAUGUAGCGGUGGGGACACCGGAUUAUAUUUCGCCGGAAAUCCUGCGUGCGAUGGAGGAUGGUCAGGGCAAGUAUGGUCCUGAGUGUGACUGGUGGUCGUUAGGAGUUUGUAUGUAUGAAAUGCUGUUUGGCGAAACGCCAUUCUAUGCGGAAAGUUUAGUGGAAACUUACGGGAAAAUUAUGAAUCAUAAAAACUGCUUCGACUUUCCCAACGACGACGAAGAGUUCCAAGUUAGUGAUAAUGCAAAGGAUCUAAUCAAAAGGUUGAUUUGUUCACCGGACUACCGACUGGGGCAAAAUGGGAUAGAAGAUUUCAAGACGCAUCCAUGGUUCGAAGGAAUCGACUGGGAUACGAUACGAAACGGCCAGGCGCCGUACAUACCUGAGGUUUCUAGUCCAACCGACACGUCCAACUUUGAUGUGGACGAUACGGACAUAAAGUUGUCCGAUGCGGUGCCUCCGACGACGAAUCCAGCCUUCUCAGGGCAUCAUCUGCCUUUCAUCGGGUUUACGUUCACCAAGGACAGCAGCAUAUCGGAUGUAGGGAAACUGUCACGUGCCAUUAGCAACUUAACCAAUAGUCAAUUACAACAAUCGUUAGCUCCGCUCAAGUUAGAUGGUAAUCAACCACGUUCCGAAGAAAAACGCCUCAGUCCGGACAGCACCCGGAAGCUGCAGGACGAAAUCAACAUACUAACCAAGCGGAACUGCGAGUUGGAAAGUCAAAUUAAAAGUUUCGAGCGGCAGGAAUUCGCCGUCCGAAGCAGUGGAAACUCUGUGCUGGGAGAUACGGUCGAUGGCCAGUUAGAUGCUAAGUUGAAGGAGUACGAGAAAAUCAAUCGCCAACUGCGGCAGGAAAAGGAGGACCUGAUAAAGGAGCAUGCAGACGCACUUGAAAGACUGAAACUACAAGAUAAGGAACUAAAGGAUGCUCUUGGCCAGCGGAAGCUGGCGAUGGCUGAAUACACCGAAGUAACCGACAAGCUAUCGGAUUUGAGGCAGCAAAAGCAGAAAUUAUCUCGUCAGGUACGUGACAAGGAGGAGGAAGUGGAAGUUGCUAUGCAGAAGGUGGACACGUUGCGAAGCGAGUUGCGGAAAACGGACAAAUCGCGACGGGAACUGGAAGCAAGAAUGCAAGAUAUACUAUCAGAAGUUACCAGAGAACGGCAGCUACGGGAGCGAUCCGAGGACUACUGUCGGCAGCUGCAGGCCGAAAGAAGCAGAAGUUCAUCCGAUUUGGGUUCAUCCUCAUCCCUUGGAAUCUCGUCGUCCGACUCGAUUCGGUUAGAAAUUGAUCGAUUGGAGGUGGAAUACAGCGAAAAGAUCAACCUGCAGCAGUCCCGAUAUAAUGCGGAAAUCUCCGCCCUCCGUGAACAGCUUACCGAGGCGGACAACCAUCGGGAGAUGCUGCAGAUCGAACUGCAACAGGCUCGCGAAAAGCUGGAUUCGACACGGCUUGAAUCGCUCACCGACUCGGAGGAGACCAUCAUGGAGCUGCGGAAGCGACACGAGCGUGAGAAGAAGAUCCUUCUGGAUGAUAAUCGUAAGCUGAGCGCCGAUAGAGAAAUAUUCAGCGAGCAGAAUCGACGUCUGCAGAACGAACGACUGCAAAUGGAAAGCGAUUAUGAGGAAUUGAGAAAUAAACGCCAAGCAUUCAGUCAGUGGGAACGGCAGAUUUCGGAGAUCAUCCAGUGGGUAUCGGAUGAGAAGGACGCUCGAGGUUACCUGCAGGCCUUGGCAACCAAGAUGACAGAGGAGCUCGAAUUCCUGAAACACUCCGGUUCGCUCAACCACAAUACCAGUGACAAGAAUUGGCGCAAUCGACGUUCGCAGAAGCUCGACAAGAUGGAACUGCUCAACCUACAAAGCUCGCUGCAAAACGAAAUCCAAGCCAAGGCACUAAUCUCGGAGGAGUUGACACGGACCCGAACGGAUUUGGUUGCCGCUCAAAAGGAUCUUCGCGAGGCGCGCCAAAUUUGCGAAUCGAUUGGCUGCGACAUGAAGCGCAAAGACUGCCAAAUCAAGGAACUCCAGCAGCGGUUGGAAACGAACGAAGGAUUUUUGGAGAGACCUUCAUCGCAGAUGUCCUAUUUGGACCAUUUCCUGAAAGAAUCUCGCGAUGGUUCCGGUUCGACAACGCACACCAACUCGACACUAGCAGUGAAUAUGCCGUCCCAGCAGAACAGUCAACACGUAACGUCUACUAGUUCAUCGUCGAACAAUCUUACCAACACGCCAAUGAACCAGCAUAAUCAGAGCCUGUCGUCGCUGCAUCAACAGUUGCAGCAUCAGCAGGUCCAGCAGCAGCAACAGCAACAUCUUCAACAGCAGCAACAGCAAUCCCACACGUACAGCAAUCAGCAACAGAUGCACCAGAUGCAUCACUCCAACUACUCGAUGGAAAGCGAGGAAGGUGACGUCGAGGAUAACCGAGGCCAUUCGCUGUCCAGCUCCAAGAGCAAUCUGAGCGAUCAUUCGCUGAGCAUGCACAGCGUGAUGAUGCCGAAGCAGAAAGUGCACCAAUUCCUGGUGCGCACGUUCUCUAGUCCCACUAAGUGCAACCACUGCACAUCGCUCAUGGUCGGCCUGACCCGGCAGGGCGUUGUGUGCGAGCUGUGCGGCUUCGCCUGCCACAUGAUCUGCUGCCAGAAGGUACCCACGCAAUGCCCCGUGCCGUCCGAUCAGACAAAACGGCCGCUCGGAAUCGAUCCAACCCGCGGCAUCGGAACGGCAUACGAGGGCUACGUGAAGGUACCUAAGCUGGGAGCCGUCAAACGUGGCUGGGUGCGCCAGUUUGUUGUUGUUUGUGAUUUUAAACUAUUUCUGUACGACAUCUCGGCCGACCGCAGUGCAUUACCAAGUGUUCACGUUACUCAGGUAUUAGAUAUGCGAGAUCCUGAAUUUGGAGUAUCCGGGGUUCGGGAGAGUGAUGUAAUUCAUGCAGCUAAAAAAGACGUUCCUUGUAUCUUUAGGAUAACAACCUCCCUGCUGGACGGUGGACCCUCGCUGCAGACGCUUAUGCUGGCGGAUACCGAAUCCGAGAAAGCCAAAUGGGUGGUUGCACUAAGCGAAUUACAUCGAAUAUUGAAACGAAACAACCUACCAAAUACGGCCAUAUUCCGUGUGAAGGAGGUGCUGGACAGUUCCCUAACGGCAAUUCGGAGUGCGCUGAGUGCGCUCAUCAUCGAUCCGGAUCGGAUUCUGCUGGGUACGGAAGACGGUCUGUUCUGUUUAGAUUUGGACCGUAGCGAGAUCGCUCGGAUAGGUGAGAGUAAGAAGGUCUACCAACUGUGGUACAUUGCCGAGGAACAGUUGCUGGCGAUUUUGUGCGGCAAACAACGACACUUGAGGCUGCUGCCGAUUAGAGCUCUUGAAGCGACGGAUGUGGAAUGGAUUAAGGUAGCUGAGUCUAAGAACUGCAUAACUGCUUGUACAGGAAUAAUCGAACGUGGACCGCAACCUGUGUAUUGCAUUGUGAUUGCUUUGAAGCGACAGAAUACUUCACAGAUUGUGGUGUACGUUGUCAAUCGAAACCGAAGUCGGCAUCAUAAGAUGUGCGAAUUUACGGUAGCUUAUCCGGUACAGAGUUUGCAAGUGCUUUCCGACAUGCGACUGGCGGUAGGCCACCAGAGUGGAUUCACGGCGUACUGCUUGCAGGGAGAGGCCCAAGCAAUGCCUCUUGUCCAUCCGGAUAACCAGUUGAACAAUUUUCUCGCUUAUUCUGGGGUGGAUGCCUGGCGAGUUAUCGAGAUCCAAUCUGGGCAAGGAUCGAGUGCCCAUGGAGAAUAUCUCCUAGUAUUCCAAACGUUAGCCAUUUACGUAGAUUUGCAAGGUCGCAAAUCUCGUGAUCGGGAAAUCAUGUACCCAGCCGUACCUACCCAUAUAACCUAUUGUGAUGGUCAUCUGCUAGUCUACUCGGAAACACAUCUAGAUAUUUUCAACGCGCAAACCGCCGAAUGGGUCCAGUCAAUUGGACUCAAACGAUCCCGUCCGCUGAUGAACAAUGGUAGCCUUUCGUUGACGACGCUGAACGACACGUCGCACGUCAUCUACUUGGCUAACAUGCAUACAAGAGAGCUACUUAAUUUAGCGCCAUGCGAUCGAGAUGGACGGUUGAAAACGAAACGUUUCUCGUUACGCAACGAGGGUAGCCGUACUAUAAGAUCAAGCACCGAUCGACGUUCGAAGCUGAUUUCCGCUCCGACAAACUUCAACCACAUCUCCCACAUGGGCCCUGGAGACGGUAUCCAAAAGCAGCGGCUACUCGAUCUUCCGACGACGAUCGAAACGGCGGACCAAAAUAACCAGCUCAGAGUUUCAACGAUGCGACAUGCCCCACCGCCACCGCGAGCACCACCUCGACCGAUGAUGCAUCCCCACAAUGAAGGUUCCAAUAAUUCUUUCCCAGGUGCAAAGCGGACGGCACCAGCGCGGCCACGUGAUCAACCCCCCUCGUUACCACGGUCACCCAGUCCACUGGGCAGCAUGUCGUCUCUGCAAGAUGUCCUGAAAGUUGCCGAUAUGCAGUCCGAGUCGCGGCAGAGCGUAGCCAGCAACAAUUCCAGUUCGGUUUCGACGCCACCAUCACCAACCAACGAUCGGCUCAGCUCCAGCUACGACUCCUAGUGGUAAGAAAAUUGCUCAUUCCGAAUGGGCAAUCAAUGGAAGCAAAGCGUUUCAUGGGCUCGAAUCCUAAUUCGAGUCGCAUUCAGUUAGUCAGUCAUCUCUUCUGUGUUUAGUGUCAUGUAAAUUUUUAAGUUUACCUACGUGUCGUUUGUAUUCACAAUCUCUGUUACAAAACAAACAAACAAACAAAUACUCGUGGCAAAUCAUCAAUUGCUUUUGAUUUUAUUUUUCUUAUUUAUUUUAACAUUUUCUUACUUAUUUCUAAGAAACGAAAUUAUCGGAUGUUUAGUGCAAAAGCGAGCUUCGAAAACUAAUUGAUCUCUAUGAUAAUACAAAAGAAAAACUGAAAUUCUUACUGAAAUUCUCCUAUGACAAAUACUAUUUAUGAAACGGUUGUGUUACUUUGAAAACGGACACAAUCAAGGUCCUCAUCUGCAAUAACUCUUAAACUACUACUACCUACUACUCUUAUUAUAACUACUAAAAAAAAACAUGGAAAUCAAAUUAUGCCAUUUGUGGAGGCGUACAUCUACUAAACUCAUCGUAGCAAAAGGAUCGUUGUGCAAUAUCAAUAAGUAGGCAAGCGAGUGGAGAUGGAGGCGUUAUCAGCUCGAUCAUUCGAACUGUAUAGCGCGUCCCGGAAGAAGAAGGAAGUCAUUUCAUAAUUCACUAGUAGAAUAGAGUAACAGUUCCCGUUUUAGAUGCAUUUCCUAACGCAAAAGCAACUGACUUUUAACCACUUCAAGCUACAACAGAAAGAAACAUAAUCAACUGAGUAAAACCUAAAACAACGAGUUCGUAAACAACAAUUACACAAAACACAAACUAAGAGGAGAAAUCCGGUAUGUCUUUAAUCCAGUCCUUUUUCUUAUUGCUGCUCGUAAAUUGUAAACUACAAAAGUCAUCUAGCAUAUAGAAGAUCUAUUGAUUGCAAGAACCUCCCGUAGUUGAUCAUGUCGUCCAUUGACAAAAAAUUAAAACAAAUCUUCGAAUGAAUAAAAAAAUAACCCGUCGAACUGGUAGACGGUCGAAGUGUUCAAUACGAUUUUAAUGAUUCCGUUCUUAUACAUUUGCUUGCAAUUGGUUUCUCAAAUGGCUACUUAAUAUUCUUGCAUUUGCACGUACCAUCUUUUACCAGUUCGACACGUUGUAUCAUUCGAAAUGUUUUGUUCCCAAUCCCAUUGUAAAUUGUUCAUCCCAUAUUGAAAGCUUAUCGUCCGUACUAGCACUCAUGUUUGUAUCGUUCAUCCGUUCGCAUUAACCGUUAAGCAAAUGGAAAUCAUCAGCAGUCAAUAUUUGAGAAAAGAGAAGCAAAGAAAACCGGAAUCAAAUUUACUACUACCUUCAGACACAAAAAUCAACUCUCGUAAGUAAUUAAGGAACAAACGGUUCGAUUAAGCAGGUUUAGCCAUUCGACUUCUUGACAGUAGGAGCAGGAGCCAUGUGAAGAUGAGAACGAAAAUAUCGUUGAAAAGAUAAAACUGAAGACAAUAUUUAGUAUUUCCGAUGCAGAUUUACUGUAUUUGUUAAUAUUAUAUACACGGAAGAAAAAGAUAAAAAAAGAAGCGUAGAAAAUAUAAAACUAUUUGAAAUGCUACUGAAACCAUGUAAAAAGAAAAAGAAAAUACAGUAAGUAAUUAUUUUCAAUUUAAUUAACUCUGCGUUGUAUAAAGAAAGCACACAUUUUACCAAUGUAAAAACAACUCACUCAGACAUACUGAUUUAAGCUAAUUUCAACUAAGACGUAACUUAUUUGAUCUGGAAGGAGAAACCCCGAUUCGUUCCGAUCCGAACGAACCAACAUUCUUGUCUUCACCGGGUUCGUUCGCAUCGACAUUUAUUUAUUUACACCAAGAAAGCUCUAAUUAUAAUUUAUUUUACUAGCAAAUGAUUUUGUUGUUGUUUUAAACUUGAUUCUAAACCAAUUUGUUUAUUCAUAUUUUAAUGGUUCUGUUUCGUGGAUCGCUGCAUUUCCGUUUUAAACUACUUUUUACAACUGCUGCUAUUAGCAAAGCUACCACCACCACCACCACCACCUUGAGAUCAUUGAAUAAGAGAGAGAGAGAGAGAGUGACAUUUCACUAAAAUAUGACAUGUUACAAUAAAAGAAGAUACAUUUCGCGGAGCGGAGGUGCACGCGUGCAAUUAAUUGAAGAGCAGACAAAUUGCGACCCGCUGUAGAAGACGUGGCAGAUAUAAGAACACAACAACAACAACGUGGAAAACAUAUACUUCACUAAGGAUAAGGUUAGCAGUAUAUAUAGAAUAUACCGAAAAGUCUAGUGUUUUAUAAAAUUAUAUUAAUUGUAAAAUUACCACGACAAAAUAUAUUAAUAUUAUACAAGUACUAAAAACAGAAAAAUCAAA